AGGCAAGACGAUGCAGAACAUAGUGCAAGACAUACUCGCUUCGUCAUAUCCAAUAUUAUGAUUCCUAAAAAGUUACCUCUUUAGUUCAUCCAGACCUAUUUGCCAAACGUCCAAUCUGUUCAAUGAUUGCCUUCAAUUGUGUUCGCUCCGGGCUGUGAUUCGUUCGUAGGCGGGCCCAGAUGCGCGGAGCUCGCCGAGCACCGUUGCGUGCAUGCCCCGCGUCACCAAUCAGGGCUUUUCCCAAGGGUAAGCAUGGCUGCUGGAAUGUUUCUUAUAUCUAUGCAAAUGCACUCUUUCGGGUAGAUUUUUGAACUCGGUGAUGCGCGUCUGUUUUAUUGCGUCUGUUGAUCGAAACAUAGUCUUUGUCGAACGCUGUUAUCUUGGCUAGGCUGAAGCGACUUGUUAUCUAGGAAGGUUUCGUUCAAGAAGCUAGGAACAGCGUCAGCCCCGGGGAUUCGGUCUCUCCUGAUCUGUUAUGGCUACCACCAGUUGUACAGUCUAUAUUGGAUCUUUUGUCCAUUGUAGGAGCGUGACCGAGCUUGAGAUUGAGAAUGAUGGUGCCAUAGGGGUAGACAAGUCUGGUGUUAUCAGAUUUGUGCUGAGAGGCGCCGGGGGCAAUGCUGAGAAUAUCAAGAAGACCUUGGAGUUCAAAGAGGCUUUUGAACAUGGUCAUGUUGAAUUCGUCAUCGUGAAGAAGGGUGGAUGGUUCUUCCCAGGGUUCAUCGAUACACACAUUCACGCUUCGCAAUAUCCAAACACUGGACUUUUCGGCAAGACAACACUCUUGGAUUGGUUGAAUACGUAUACCUUCCCUCUUGAGUCAUCAUUCUCGGAUCUGGACAAGGCACGCAAGAUCUAUAGCCGGGCGGUCGCAAGGACGCUUGCGCAUGGCACUACUACAGCGUCGUACUACACGACCUUCCACGUUCCUGCUACAAAUCUCCUUGCCGACAUAUGUCUUGCGAAAGGUCAGCGUGCCUUCGUUGGCAGAGUGUGCAUGGAUCAACUCAGCCCUGAGUACUAUCGCGAUGAGAGCAUUGAGAUCGGCACCGAGAACUCACGGAAGUGUAUCGACUAUGUCAGGAGCAUAGAUCCCGCAGGCGAGAUUGUACAGCCGAUUAUCACACCUCGGUUUGCUCCUUCAUGUUCAAAAGGCUGUCUGGCCGCGCUCGGAAAGCUGCAGAAGGAGACAGAUGCAUAUUGCCAAACACACAUUUCAGAAAACAAGCCCGAGAUUGAACUUGUGCAACAACUAUUCCCGGAGUCUGGAUCCUAUGCCAAUGUCUAUGAGGAAGCCGGCCUGUUGAACGAAAAGAUGAUCUUGGCGCAUGCAGUUCAUCUCACGCCAAUGGAAAAAGAGCUUAUUGUGCGCCGUAAAGCAAAGGUCAGCCAUUGUCCCGCUAGCAACACAGCUCUCACAUCAGGCUGCUGCCCAGUCCGCGAUCUGAUCGAGCGAGGUAUUGAUGUUGGCCUCGGAACGGAUGUCAGUGGUGGAUUCAGCCCGAGCAUUCUGGAAAUGGUCCGCCAAACUGUCUGGGUGUCGAGGCAUCUCGCCAUGACGGAUGGUGAUCAAGCUAAACUCACACACGAGGAAGCACUGUACCUCGCCACACGUGGCGGCGCCAAAGUGGUCGGAAUGCAAGACAAAGUUGGAGGUUUCGAAGUCGGAAAACAUUUUGAUGCACAAAUGAUCUGGCUAGGGGAUGCUGAGGACAUUGAAGGAUGUGACGAGUUCGCUGCCAGAGAAGGGCCUGUUGAUAUCUUUGGAUGGGAGAAUGAGGAGGAUCGAAUUGCUAAGUGGGUGUACAAUGGAGACGAUAGGAAUACUCUUGCUGUCUGGGUAAAGGGACGCUUAGUGCAUAGAAGGAAAGAGUACGAUUGUUAGAUGCGCCUCCUUAAAUAGAUUCUAUAUAACAUAGACUGUACCUACUUCAUUUCGACACCAUAAUAGACGUUUUGAAACACAAUUUUAACCUUAGAUGUACG